AUGGCGUCGCUGACUGUCGUGGUCAAGCACCAAGGCAAAAAAUAUGAUAUCGAAAUCGACCCUUCCUCGACAGGCGAAGACUUUAAGUUGCAGCUUUUCAGUCUUACCAAUGUCGAGCCGGACCGACAAAAGAUCCUGAUCAAGGGCGGCCAGCUCAAGGAUGAUGCCGACAUGACCAAACUGGGGCUGAAGCCCAACCAAGUAAUCAUGAUGAUGGGCACCCCUGGAUCAGGCGGUGGUGAUCUCGUUCGCCCAAAGGAUAAGAUCAAAUUCGUUGAGGAUAUGACCGAGGCCGAACAGGCCCAGCAAGUUGGGGCCACACCAGCUGGUUUGGUCAACCUAGGCAACACCUGCUACCUGAACUCGACCCUUCAAACACUGCGAUCAAUUCCCGAACUUCAGACCUCACUGCAAAAGUACACACCCAAUUCGUCAGGGCUGAUGGCUGGUAUGGCUUCGGCCGACCUGGCUGCUCAGUUGGCCAGCUUGUACAAAAAGAUGGGCGAGACGCAGGAUGCAUUUCCACCCAUGAACUUUCUCACUGCCCUUAGGGUUGUGUUCCCCCAGUUUGCUGAAAAGGCCAAAUCAAACAACGGUUACGCCCAGCAGGAUGCUGAGGAGGCAUGGUCGCAAAUUGUCCAGCAGUUGAGCCAGAAGGUCAAGAUUAAGGAGUCCGACGAUGCUCCCGACAUUUCGUUUGUUGACAAGUACAUGUCUGGCGAGUUUUCUUCGACUUUGGAAUGCGACGAAGAGGAAGCUCGCAAUGGUGGCGAGCAGGUUAUCCAAUCCAAGGACCAAUUUUACAAGCUCAACUGCCACAUCGACGGGUCUACGAACCAUCUUCGAGACGGAAUACUAGCGGCUCUGAGCGAAAAACUGGAAAAGAAAUCAGACGUUUUGGGCCACGACGCCUCGUACACCAAAAAAUCGAAAAUCUCCCGCGCCCCCAAGUACUUGACGGUUCACUUUGUACGAUUCUUUUGGAAGCGAGAGACGCAGAAAAAAGCCAAGAUUAUGCGAAAAGUCACGUUCCCACAAGAACUGGAUAUUGUUGAGUUUUGCUCGGAUGAGCUAAAGAAGGCCCUGGUACCCGUGCGCGACAAGGUCCGCGAGGUCAGGAAGGAUGAGGAAGACAUUGAGCGGGCUCGCAAGCGUCGUAAGAAGAACAACAAUGACGACGUGGGUGAUAUUCCUGGCGGUGCUGGAUUGCCUUCGGAGAAGGAGAAGAAGGAAAAGAAGGACAAAGAGGUUGAGAAGAAACCGGAGACGUCUGCCGAUGGAGACACCGAGAUGGGUGAGACAUACAAGACGGAUGCGGAAAUUGACGCGGAAAAGAAUGCCGCCCUUCUCGCUGCUAAGAAGGAAUUGAACGCCUUGAUUGACCCGGCACUUCGCAACGAUGACGGCGCCAACCAAUCUGGAUUGUAUGAGCUUCGUGGUGUCGUAACUCACCAAGGCGCCAGUGCAGACAGCGGCCACUACACAUCCUAUGUCAAGAAGUCAGCACCUAUUGAUCCCAAAACCGGCAAGAAAGGCGAGGAAGACGGCAAGUGGUGGUGGUUUAACGACGACAAAGUGACUGAGGUUACUGUUGACAAGGUUGAGGCGUUGGCUGGUGGAGGCGAAUCGCACUCUGCGUUGAUUUUGCUGUACAAGGCUGUUCCCUUGCCAUCAUCAGAAGGGACUCUGGAGUAA